GUAAGGAAAAAACAGCCACUAGAGGAAGAACAUCCAGCCCAUCCACGUGAAAGAUAUCAAGACAUAGAAGAAGAAAGAAGGAUAAUGUUGGGAGUGUUGACUGUCCUGCUGGCGUGUCUCUUGGUUCUACGCUUUCUGAGACAACUCUGGUCAAACAGGUCCUACCCUCCAGGGCCCCUUCGGCUACCCAUCAUUGGAAGUGUUUGGCGAUUUGGGGUCAAGCUUUACAAAGAUACUUUAAUCAAGCUGGCCAAACAAUAUGGAAACAUUUACAUGCUGUGGCUGGGACCCAAACCUAUAGUUGUCCUGUCUGGAUAUGAAGCAGUGAAAGAAGGACUGAUAGACCACCUAGAAGACUUUGCUGAUCGGCCGGUGACCCCAUUCCUGAAAGCUGUAGGAAAAGAACGGGGUAUUAUAUUGUCAAAUGGUCACACAUGGAAGCAACAAAGGAAGUUCGGGCUAGCCACCAUGCGGAAGCUGGGACUGGGGAAGAAAGGCCUGGAGCACCAAAUAGAAGAGGAGGCCCAUCAGCUUGUCGAGACUUUUGCUCGUGUGAAGGGGCAGCCAUUUGACCCUACAAUGCCCAUCACUAAUUCCGUCUGCAAUAUCAUCUGUGCUGUGGCUUUUGGACACCGGUUUUCUGUUGAAGAUAUAGAAUUCAUCAAGUUGAUGGAAGCCAUUGGCUAUAUGACUGCAUUUGCAGGUAGCUUCGGUCAUGCUCUCUAUGAAAUUUUCCCAUGGAUCAUGGAUCACCUCCCAGGGCCUCACAAGAAGGCCCUUUCAAGUGCGGAGGCUGUGCUUUCGUUUGCGAGGAAGGAGAUAGAAAAGCAUAAGGAGCAUCACGCUGCCCAUGAGCCACAAGAUUUCAUUGAUUUCUACCUAUUUCAGAUAGAGAAAAGCAAGAAUGACCCCAAGUCUACUUACAAUGAAGACAAUCUGACACAGUGUAUUUUUGACCUCUUCAUCGCAGGAACAGAAACAACAUCCUUGACAUUACGAUGGGCAUUGCUCUUCAUGGCAAAUCACCCAGACAUCCAAGAGAAAGUCCACAAGGAGAUUGAGGAUGUUUUAGGUUCUUCUCAAUUAUUCCACUACCAAGAUCGGAAUCCAAAGAGUGAGCUGAUGAGUUCAUGCCUAGAAAUCCAGCCAUUACUGAAUGAAGAUAUGAUUCCUGAGUUUCAGGAGACUGAAGCAUCAACACUUUCAUUCUUCCAGGAGGCCAUUAUUGUUCCAGAUCUAAAUUCUGUUCUUCUUGAUCCUAAACAAUGGGAGACACCGGAGGAAUUCAACCCAAAUCAUUUUUUGGACAAGGAUGGAAGUUUUGUGGAAAGAGAAGCAUUUCUUCCGUUUGGUGCAGGGGCCCGUGCGUGCCUGGGACAGCAGCUGGCAAGGAUUGAGCUCUUCACCUUCUUCACCACCAUGCUGAAGACAUUCACUUUCCAGCUGCCAGAAGGCGUGAAAGAGCUCAACGCAGAUCCUAUAGUCGGAGCAUCAUUUGUUCCCCGCCCAUAUAAGCUCUGUGCUGUUCCCCGCAGCAGUCCGUCGUAAGCUGUACCAACUGGAGUGCCUCAUUUGUUACUGCCCAUUUCUCCUUCAUUCGUUUUGCUUCAUCCUUAGCCUGUUUUCACAUGCACAAUCCAUUAAGAAAUGCAUUAGAGGGGAGGCAUUCAUACUGGGAAUGAGCAGUCUGACCAACGUUGGUUGUGCCUUCACAUAGUGACUUUCGGGAUCUUGCAUAUAACUCAAUAAACUCUUGCAUAUAACUUGUGCAUAUAACUCAAUAAACUUAUCACU